AUGGCGGCGGCUAACCUGCUCUCGCGCUCCCUUCUCCCGACCCCAAACCCUACCCAAUCGAGCCACCCGAACCGCCGGAGCCCCGCCGUCGUCUCAUUCCCUCGCCGCCAUGGCCGCCUGUCCUCCGUGCGCGCCUCCGUCUCCACGGCCUCCCCGUCCCCACCGCCACAGCCCGCGGCGGCGGCGGCUGCCGGCGUGCCGAAGCACUGCUUCCGGCGCGGCGCCGACGGCUACCUGUACUGCGAGGGAGUGCGGGUGGAGGACGCGAUGGCGGCUGCCGAGCGCAGCCCCUUCUAUCUCUACAGCAAGCCUCAGAUCCUCCGCAACUUCGCCGCCUACCGCGACGCUCUCCAGGGGCUCCGCUCCAUCGUCGGGUAUGCCGUGAAGGCCAACAACAACCUCCCCGUGCUACGCGUCCUGCGUGAGCUUGGCUGCGGCGCCGUCCUCGUUAGCGGCAACGAGCUCCGACUCGCUCUCCAGGCGGGAUUUGACCCCACCAGGUGUAUAUUUAACGGAAAUGGGAAGACAUUCGAAGAUCUUAAAUUAGCUGCUGAGAGCGGAGUAUUUGUAAACGUGGAUAGUGAAUUUGAUUUGGAAAAUAUUGUCAGAGCUGCAAGGGCUACCGGAAAGAAAGUGCCUGUUUUGCUUAGAAUAAAUCCAGAUGUGGAUCCGCAGGUUGAUAUAUUCAGAGAUGCUGCAGUUCUUAUGGUGAAUUAUGUUGAUGAAAUUCGAGCACAAGGUUUUAAGUUGGAGUACCUGAAUAUUGGAGGUGGUUUGGGAAUAGAUUACCAUCAUACCGAUGCAGUCUUACCUACACCUAUGGAUCUCAUCAACACUGUGCGAGAAUUAGUUCUCUCUACAGAUCUUACUCUUAUUAUUGAACCUGGAAGAUCUUUGAUCGCUAAUACUUGCUGCUUCGUUAAUAGAGUAACUGGUGUUAAAUCUAAUGGUACAAAGAAUUUCAUUGUUGUUGAUGGCAGCAUGGCAGAACUCAUCAGACCUAGUCUGUAUGGAGCAUACCAGCAUAUCGAACUGGUCUCUCCCCCCACUCCUGGUGCCGAAGUAGCGACCUUUGAUGUUGUAGGACCAGUUUGUGAGUCCGCAGAUUUCCUUGGAAAAGAUAGGGAACUUCCAACCCCUGAUGAGGUGGAAGAGGAUGGUUCGAUCGUUAAGAUCAGGCAUGAGGAGAAGCUUGAUGACUACAUGAAGUUCUUUGAUGGUCUUCCUGCUUAG